AUGAAUGUUACCUUUACGAAGGACUUGCUAGCACAUUUUGAUAGCGUUGGUGGGGACACGAAAUCUAUAGCUUUUGUUAUUGCUCACCCUGAUGAUGAAUCUAUGUUCUUCACCCCUUUGCUUGAGGUUCUUACCACUUCACCGGAUGUUGCAAAUCAACAAAUUAGACUUAAGCUGCUCUCUCUAACGAAAGGUGGGUCCAACGGAUGCAGUCCAUAUCGUUCAGGCGAUUAUAUGGGACAGGGAGACAAGCGCAUCGCUGAAUUGGCUAAAAUAUGUGAGAAGUACAACAUCAAGUGCACCGUCGACGAUGAACCGGAUACGCAGGACGGUCCUUAUGUCUGGGAUCUAGAGAAGGUAUCAUAUCGCAUCGAGCAAUUUCUACAGGAGAACAAUGUAACACUAGUCUUCACAUUUGAUCAGUACGGUGUCUCUGGUCAUCCAAACCAUAUCAGUGCUCACAAAGCUGCCGCAAACGUUAAAGAGCGAUACUCAGCUGUGGAUGUAUGGUGUUUAAAAACAUACGGUAUCAUUACAAAAUACUUCCCGCCUCUAGCUAUCUUGAGAUCAGUAUUUAGAAGACCCAGCGUCGUAAGAUUUUCGCCAUUCGACGUCGAUAGUAACAUGGAAAUAUAUCAUACUCAGAAAAGGUGGUAUACGAAGUUGUGGGCAUUUUGUGCCUCCUACAGCUACGUCAACAGUUUCGAGCUGCUGUAA